CGUCCAUCUGAGCGUUCAGGAGUUUCUGGCUGCAGUCUACAUGUUCCACUGUUACACUAACAGGAGGACAGAGGUCCUGAAGGACUUCCUGGGGAAUGACUGGAAUAGUCACCGAUCCCUAAGUGAUUUUUUUAGGAGUGCCAUGAACAAUGACAGCACUGACGGCAGUGGUCCUAAUUACCCCUCCUUGGACAAGUUCCUGAAGAGAGUCAUGGAAAAAUCCCUCCAAAGUAAGAAUGGCCACCUGGACCUGUUUGUUCGCUUCCUCCAUGGCCUCGCUCUGGAGUCCAACCAGAGACUGUUAGGAGGCCUGCUGGGUUGCACUGACAGCAGCCCAGAAGUCAUCCAGAGAGCCAUCAGCAACCUGAACAAGAUGAACGUGUACGAGAUCUCUCCUGACAGAAGCAUUAACAUCUUCCACUGUCUGCUGGAGAUGAACGACCACUUGGUCCAUCAGGAGAUCCAAGAAUUCCUGCUGUCGGAGAGUCGAUCGGAGAGGGAGCUGUCGGUGGUCCACUGCUCGGCUCUGGCCUACAUGCUGCAGAUGUCGGAGGAGGUUCUGGAUGAGCUGGACCUAAAGAAGUACAACACCUCAGACCACGGACGACUGAAACUGAUUCCAGCUGUUAGGAACUGCAGGAAGGCCGUACUGACGGGCUGCAAACUCUCAGAGACUCACUGUGAAGUUGUGGCCUCGGCUCUGAAGUCCAGCCCGUCCCAUCUGAGACAGCUGGACCUGAGUAACAACAAGCUGCUGGAUUCGGAGGUGAAGCUGCUGUCUGCUGGACUGGAGAGCUCAAACUGUAAACUGGAAACACUGAGACUGAGGGGCUGCAGGCUGUCAGAGACCGGCUGUGCCUCUCUGUUCUCGGCGUUGAAGUCUAACCCAUCUCACCUGACAGAGCUGGAACUGAGUGAUAACUACCUGCAGGGUACAGGUCUGAAGCAGCUGUGUGGUUUUCUGCAGAGUUCAAACUGCAGACUGAAGACUCUGAG